UUUCUGUUUAUUGUAUACCCAAACCCUGAACUUAUAUUUGUUUGCGGUCCCUGUUAUUCGAAACGCCUCUGCUCUCUGCGGCUCACGAAUCUUCUGUUUUCCUUCCUAUUGGAAGCGUUCGAGACCUCAAGUUUCUGUAAUCAUGUUAGUCUAUCAGGAUUUGCUCACAGGUGAUGAACUUCUCUCGGACUCUUUCGCGUACAAGGAAAUCGAGAAUGGAGCUCUUUGGCAAGUCGAAGGAAAGUGGGUUGUUAAGGGAGCUUUGGAUGUAGACAUUGGCGCAAACCCUUCUGCUGAAGGUGGUGAGGAGGAUGAUGGUGUUGAUGACCAAGCCGUUAAAGUUGUUGACAUUGUCGACACAUUUAGGCUACAGGAGCAACCUCCUUUUGACAAGAAGACGUUUGUCGCGUACAUCAAGAAGUACAUCAAGUUAUUGUCUGCCAAGCUGGAAGGCAAAAAGCAAGAAGAGUUCAAGAAAACCAUUGAGGGAGCCACCAAGUUUUUGCUCUCUAAGAUCAAAGACCUUCAAUUUUUUGUGGGGGAGAGCAUGCAUGAUGACAGCACUCUGGUGUUUGCCUACUACAAGGAAGGUGCAGUUGAUCCGACUUUCUUGUACUUCGCCCAUGGCUUGAAGGAAAUCAAGUGUUAAAUGUGGCUGGAAAUGAUUGCUGGUCUGAAACAAGUUCAGCAUUUCUUGUAGCCAUAGUGUGAUAUUUCUUGAGACCUUUUGCUUUCGUUGAUGAUUAUAUUUUUUGGGUGUCUAUUUGGAUUUGUAGUUAGGUUUUGACCAGUUUUGAUGAUUGGUUUGAAUUAGCCUCUUGUCCCUUUUUUUAUCAAGUCAUAACUUUAUUAAGAUGUUAUUCUUGCUGCCAGAAUGAACUUUUUCUUGAAGAAUAUCCUUAUUAUUUGUUGAAAGC